AUGACUGGUUUUAGAGCAUUCAAAGCUCAAGUGCCAAUUCAAUGGAGCCAGAGCUUGUACGUAACCUUAGUGAGAGGUCUCCCAGGAACCAGGAAGCUUCACAGGCGAACACUUGAAGCUAUGGGACUUCGCAGAUGCCAUCGUACUGUUCUGCACUCAAACACUUCAUCCAUUAGAGGAAUGAUUCAACAGGUGAAAAGGAUGGUUGUUGUUGAAACAGAAGAGAUGUACAAAGCUCGCAAAGAAGCAGAAGCCAACCACAAAGCCUUGCGUCCACCUCUCGUUGUCAGUCAUUCAAGCCCUUCAACAGAUUCAUCGACUUGA